AUGGCCCAAUAUGAAGAAGUUUAUGAGUACGACGAUUAUGAAGAGGAAGACACGGGUAUCACAGCAGAAGAUUGUUGGCUCGUGAUCUCUGCCUUCUUCGAGUCAAAGGGGCUGGUCUCACAACAGCUUGACUCUUUUGAUGAGUUUGUCUCUACUACUAUGCAAGAAUUGGUUGAAGAAAGCUCAUUGCUGACACUUGAUCAAAAUAACCCUCCGUCGUCCGAUGAUAAUCCUAUCGCCCUUAGACGCUACGAAAUUAAAUUCGGAACGGUCCUCCUCUCGCGGCCUGCAAUGACAGAGGGAGAUGGAAGUACACAAGUAAUGCUUCCUCAGGAAGCACGUCUACGAAAUCUUACGUAUUCCAGUCCCCUUUAUCUUGAAAUGACAAAAAAGGUCUCUGUAGCCGUCGAACGUCCCGUGCCUCUUAACGAGUUAGACGACGAACAACAUGAAGAGAUGCAGCGAACAGGAGAACAUCCCACAAGACUAAUUUGGGAGGACGAAGAUGGUUACGACCUCGAGGGAGAAAAGUCUCAAAAAGCACCGGAUCGUGUUUUCAUCGGGAAAUUACCGAUUAUGUUAAAAUCAAAAUAUUGUAUAUUGAAGGACUUGGAUGAAGAUGAACUAUACGCAUGGAAUGAGUGUCCUUACGAUCAAGGAGGCUACUUCAUCAUCAAUGGAAGCGAAAAAGUAUUAAUUGCACAGGAACGAAGUGCUGCCAACAUAGUCCAAGUAUUUAAGAAGCCACCACCAAGUCCUACUCCGUACAUAGCUGAGAUUCGAAGUGCACUAGAGAAAGGCUCCAGACUUAUCUCCUCUAUGACAAUUAAAUUAUUUGCUAAGGGUGACGGUCAGCGUGGUGGGUUCGGUCAAACUAUCAAAUCAACUCUACCAUAUGUUAGGACAGAUAUCCCAAUUGCUGUGGUUUUUCGGGCAUUUGGAGUAGUUUCAGAUGAGGAUAUUUUGAAUCAUAUCUGUUAUGACCGGACAGAUACGCAGAUGCUAGAGAUGCUCAAACCCUGUAUUGAGGAAGCCUUCGUCAUCCAAGAUCGCGAAGUUGCUUUGGACUAUAUUGGGAAGCGUGGUAGCAGCACGAAUCUAACUCGAGAAAGACGUGUCAAAAAUGCGCGAGAAAUCAUGCAAAAAGAGCUCUUGCCUCACAUUUCACAGAAAGAAGGGAGCGAGACGCGAAAGGCCUUUUUCUUAGGCUACAUGGUUCAUAAAAUGUUACAGUGUGCUUUGGGUCGUCGAGAAACAGAUGAUCGUGAUCACUUUGGAAAGAAAAGGCUAGAUUUAGCUGGUCCACUACUCGCAAAGCUUUUUCGAAAUCUAUUCAAACGUCUCACAGGUGAUGUUUAUAAAUACUUACAAAGAUGUGUUGAGAAUAAUCGCGAGUUUAACCUCGCAUUGGGAGUUAAAUCGACGACGCUCACCAAUGGUCUCAAGUAUUCCCUUGCAACCGGUAACUGGGGAGAUCAGAAAAAAGCCGCCAGUUCGACUGCUGGUGUCUCACAAGUACUAAACAGAUAUACUUUUGCUUCUACUCUUUCGCAUCUUCGUCGAACUAACACUCCAAUCGGUCGUGACGGAAAAAUCGCGAAACCUCGGCAAUUACAUAAUACUCAUUGGGGCCUCGUUUGUCCAGCAGAGACUCCGGAGGGUCAGGCUUGUGGACUAGUGAAGAACCUAGCACUCAUGUGCUAUGUCACAGUUGGAACACCAAGUGAUCCAAUCAUUGAAUUCAUGAUCCAGAGAAAUAUGGAGGUACUUGAGGAAUAUGAGCCUCUUCGUUCACCUAACGCUACUAAGGUAUUUGUCAAUGGUGUUUGGGUCGGUGUUCAUCGUGAUCCUGCUCAUUUAGUCAAGACGGUUCAAAACUUGCGGAGAUCCCAUCUAAUCUCUCACGAAGUCUCCCUCAUUCGGGAUAUUCGGGACCGGGAAUUUAAAAUCUUCACCGAUGCUGGCCGUGUCUGUAGGCCCCUUUUCGUUAUUGACAACAAUCCCGAUAGUACAAACCAGGGAAAUCUAGUUUUGAAUAAGGAACAUAUCCGUCGUCUCGAAGAUGAUCAACACUUAAAAGAUAUGGAUGCCGAGAGUAGAAUUACUCACGGAUACUUUGGGUUCCAGGGACUAAUCAAUUCCGGUGUUGUAGAAUAUGUUGACGCCGAAGAAGAAGAAACUGUCAUGAUUGUUAUGACUCCUGAAGAUUUGGAUAUUUCUCGACAACUUCAGGCUGGAUAUCAAAUUGCGCCUGAUAUUAGUGGAGACCUUAACAAAAGAGUCAAAGCCCCAAUGAAUCCUACAGCCCAUCGAUGGACACAUUGUGAAAUUCAUCCCAGCAUGAUUCUAGGGAUAUGUGCAAGCAUUAUUCCCUUCCCAGAUCAUAACCAAUCUCCUCGUAAUACAUAUCAAUCGGCAAUGGGCAAGCAGGCCAUGGGAUUUUUCCUAACAAAUUUUGACCAAAGAAUGGAUACCAUGGCAAAUAUUCUCUAUUAUCCUCAGAAACCAUUGGCAACAACUCGAUCAAUGGAAUUCCUUAAAUUCAGAGAGCUGCCUGCUGGCCAAAAUGCUAUUGUCGCUAUAGCCUGCUACUCCGGGUAUAAUCAAGAGGAUUCCGUGAUAAUGAACCAAAGCAGUAUUGAUCGUGGUCUCUUCAGAAGUCUGUUCUAUCGAGCUUAUACGGAUCAAGAAAAGCGUAUCGGCAUAAAUGCCAUUGAGUGUUUUGAGAAGCCCUUCCGAUCUGAUACUCUAAAACUGAAACAUGGUACCUACGAUAAACUUGAUGAAGAUGGAAUCGUCGCUCCCGGCGUACGAGUAUCCGGUGAAGAUAUAAUUAUUGGAAAAACAGCACCAAUCGCCCCUGAUGCUGAGGAACUCGGUCAGCGAACUAAGGCUCACGUUAAAAGAGAUGCCUCGACUCCAUUGCGAAGUACUGAGAACGGUAUCGUUGACCAAGUUUUAAUAACGACCAAUGGAGAAGGUCUCCGAUUCGUCAAAGUACGAAUGAGAACAACCAAGAUACCUCAGAUUGGUGACAAAUUCGCUUCUCGGCAUGGUCAAAAGGGAACUAUCGGAAUUACUUAUAGGCAAGAAGAUAUGCCAUUUACAUGCCAAGGAAUUGUUCCCGAUUUAAUUAUUAACCCACACGCAAUCCCAUCCCGUAUGACUAUUGCCCAUUUGAUAGAAUGUCAACUGAGUAAAGUGUCGACCCUACGUGGUCUAGAAGGAGACGCCACGCCUUUUACAGAAGUUACGGUCGACUCAGUCUCGAAACUUCUACGCGAUCAUGGGUACCAAUCACGUGGAUUUGAGAUAAUGUACCAUGGACACACAGGCCGAAAGCUUGUUGCACAAGUCUUUCUAGGACCCACAUAUUACCAGCGUUUGCGGCAUAUGGUUGACGAUAAAAUCCACGCACGUGCCAGAGGCCCAGUACAGAUUCUAACACGGCAACCUGUGGAAGGUCGUGCCAGAGAUGGUGGUCUGCGGUUCGGAGAAAUGGAACGCGAUUGUAUGAUUUCUCAUGGUGCAGCAGCAUUCUUGAAGGAGCGAUUAUUCGAGGUUUCCGAUGCUUUUAGAGUCCACAUCUGCGAUAUUUGUGGAUUAAUGACGCCUAUCGCUAAAAUAUCGACACAAUCCUUCGAAUGUCGACCAUGCAAAAACAAAACAAAAAUAUCUCAAAUACACAUUCCGUACGCUGCCAAACUUCUAUUCCAAGAACUAUCCUCUAUGAACAUUGCUGCCAGAAUGUUUAUCACUCGAUCGGGUGUCUCUAUUCGUUAA